AUGGCGAUGAGGAGGUUACUGGAUGAUCACGACGACAUGGACUUCAAGGAGGUUCUGCUCAAGCAUAUUGCGCCAGGCUUGGGCUGCAUCAUCGCAUUUUUGAUGUUUGUCAGUCCGCUAAAGGCUGUGCUGCAAGUCCGUGCGAGCAAGCACCUUGGGGAUUUGAACCCGCUGCCGCUGGUGGCCAUCAUCGCCAACUGUGCCGCCUGGCUGUUGUACGGCUGCAUCAACGCGGAUCCGUACGUCAUUCUUGCCAACGAACCGGGGCUGCUGCUGGGGGUGUUUAUGACGGUGUCCAGCUACGGCUUUGCGGACCCCAGGGCUCGUGACCUGAUGCUCAAGGCCCUGCUGUUCUUCACGGUCAUCAUCAGCGGAGCAGGAAUCACCAUCGCGCUGUUUGUUGAGAGGGACCACACCGCCUCGCUCAUCUCCGGCUACACGGCCGUGUUCGUGUUGCUGUGCUACUACGGCGCCCCCCUGUCCACCAUAUCCGAGGUGGUCAGGUCCCGGUCCUCCGCGUCCCUCUUCUGGCCCAUCAGUGUAAUGAACACAGUCAACGGACUGCUGUGGGUGGCGUACGGCACGGCUGUUGAAGAUUUGUUCAUUGCGGUCCCCAACGCCAUCGGAGCCACGUUCGGGCUCAUUCAGCUGGUGCUCAUUCAGUGCUACCCGGCGAAGAAGGCGGUGGUGGCGGUCGGUGGCGACAGGGGCGACUCAGACCCCCUUCUCCAGGACUCAAAACACGUGGCAUGA